AUGCCUACAGAAACACUACAGACAGGUAGCAUGGUGAAACCAGUCAGUCCUGCUGUCACUUUCACAUCUGCCGUUCCUCUUCGCAUCUUAAACAAAGGGCCGGACUAUUUUCGCAGGCAGGCAGAGCCUAAUCCAAAAAGACUUAGUGCUGUGGAGAGACUAGAAGCUGAUAAGGCAAAAUAUGUAAAGAGCCAAGAGGUCAUCAAUGCCAAACAAGAGCCUGUAAAGCCAGCAGUGCUUGCAAAGCCACCGGUUUGCCCUGCCGCCAAGCGAGCAUUGGGUAGCCCUACCUUGAAAGUGUUCAACAACCAUGCAAAGACUGAGAGUGGUGUCCAGAGAGAAAAUUUAAAAUUAGAGAUUUUGAAAAACAUCAUUAAUAGCUCUGAAGGGUCCAGCUCAGGUUCAGGUCACAAACAUAGUUCACGAAACUGGCCUCCCCACAGAUCUGAUUCAGCAGAGCUGAACCGGCAUUCAUUUGCAGAAUCUUUAAAGGUCUACCCCACCCAGGGCCGGAGCAGCCCUCAAGAAAGCAACUCCAAUGUGAGCAGAAGGCUCUUAGAACAGUCAGCAGAGACUUUCUUGCACGUUUCCCAUAGCUCAUCAGACAUUAGAAAAGUAACUAGUGGUAAGCCCUUAAAAGCAAUACCCUGCAGUAGUUCAGCUCCACCUCUGCCUCCAAAACCCAAAAUUACUGCCAUCGCCACCUUGAAAUCCCCAGAUAUCGACACAGUAGAAUCCAGUUGUGGAGUCAGUCGAAGACCCUCCCUACAACGAUCAAAAUCAGACUUAAGUGACAGAUACUUUCGUGUUGAUGCAGAUGUUGAACGAUUCUUUAACUACUGUGGACUGGAUCCUGAAGAGCUUGAAAACCUUGGGAUGGAAAAUUUUGCAAGGGCUAACUCUGAUAUUAUAUCCCUCAACUUUCGCAGUGCAAGCAUGAUUAGCUCAGACUGUGAACAGUCUCAGGACAGCAACAGUGACCUUAGAAAUGAUGACAGUGCCAAUGACCGUGUGCCAUAUGGCAUUUCUGCAAUUGAAAGAAAUGCCAGAAUCAUCAAGUGGUUGUAUAGCAUCAAGCAAGCUAGAGAGUCACAGAAAGUGUCCCAUGUGUGA